UCGGAAUGUGCGCUGAUGCUGGCGCAGGGGACGGUUGGCGCGUAUCUGGUGAGUGUUCUGACCACCCUGGAGCGCCGCUUCAACCUCCAGUCCGCCGACGUGGGCGUGAUCGCCAGCAGCUUCGAGAUCGGCAACCUGGCCCUCAUCCUAUUUGUCAGCUACUUCGGCGCAAAGGCCCACCGGCCGCGUCUGAUAGGCUGUGGGGGUCUCGUCAUGGCGCUGGGCGCGCUGCUCUCCGCCCUGCCAGAGUUCCUGACCCACCAAUAUGAGUAUGAGGCCGGGGAUGGGUGGCACGCGGAGGACGGGAGAGAUGUGUGUUCCAACAUGACCAGGACUGAGGGCAGAGACUCUGCCUUCCUGUGUGGGAACAAGUCCAACACCAACAUGAUGUACCUGCUGCUGAUAGGGGCCCAGGUACUGCUGGGGAUCGGGGCAACACCAGUACAGCCUCUAGGGGUGUCCUACAUAGACGACCACGUCAAGAGGAAAGACUCCUCUCUGUAUAUAGGUAUAGUAUUUUCCACGCUGGUGUUUGGCCCAGCCUGUGGAUUCAUAUUAGGAUCCCUCUGCACCAAAGUCUAUGUGGACGCUGUCUUCAUCGACACAAGUAAGCUGGACAUCGGCCCUGACGACCCCAGGUGGAUUGGUGCGUGGUGGGGUGGCUUCUUGCUCUGCGGUGCCUUACUCUUCAUCUCCUCCCUCUUCAUGUUCGGCUUCCCCCAGUCCCUGAAUGAGCAGGAUGUGGACAUUGGGGGGGAGAGUGAACAGGCCAUGUUGCCCCCCUCCCUGUCCAGGGAUUACGAGGGGAACAAGCCCACUAAUGGGGUGAUUCAUGGCUUCCAGGCCAAUAGUGGACUGACCUGCUGCGAGCACAUGAGAGUCAUCCCCAAGGUGACCAAGCACCUCCUGUCCAACCCUGUGUUUACCUGCAUCUCUCUGGCAGCCUGUAUGGAGAUCGCUGUGGUUGCAGGCUUCGCCACCUUCCUAGGGAAGUACAUGGAACAGCAGUUCAACCUCACCACUUCCUCAGCCAAUCAGCUGCUAGGUAUGACAGCCAUUCCGUGUGCGUGUCUGGGUAUCUUCCUGGGUGGUCUCUUGGUGAAGAAGUUAGACCUGUCAGCGUUAGGGGCCAUCCGUAUGGCCAUGGGGGUCAACCUCGUCUCCACCGCCUGUUACGUCUCCUUCCUCUUCCUCGGCUGUGACACCGGCCCUGUCGCCGGGGUGACUGUCGCCUACGGCAACGCGACCCUGCGGUCAUGGCAGAGACCGGAGCAUUCCUGCAUCAACAACUGUAACUGCUACACAGCCUCAGUGAGCCCUGUGUGUGGCUCCAACGGGAUCACCUACCUCUCUGCCUGCUUCGCCGGCUGCCUCACACCUAACCUGACCAGCUGUAUGUGUAUCAGCAGUAAGGAGGAGGAGUCGGUGGCGUUGCCGGGGAAAUGUCCCAGUCCAGGCUGCCGACAGGCCUUUAUCACCUUCCUUUGUGUCAUCUGUGUGUGCAGCAUGAUCGGAGCCAUGGCCCAGACACCCUCCGUCGUCAUACUUAUCAGAACAGUGAGCCCUGAGCUAAAAUCCUACGCUCUUGGAGUUCUGUUUCUGGGCCUGAGACUACUAGGUUUCAUCCCUCCCCCUCUGAUCUUCGGCAUGGGCAUCGACUCCACCUGCCUGUUCUGGUCCACAGUCUGUGGAGACAAGGGAGCCUGCAUGCUGUACGACAACGUGGCCUAUCGACACCUCUACGUGAGUAUCGCCAUCGCUCUCAAGUCCACCGCCUUCAUCCUUUACACCACCACUUGGCAGUGUCUCCGGACCAACUAUAAGAAAUACAUUAAGAACCGUGAAGGCUACCUGAGUCCCACCCAGCUGUUUGCCUCCAACGUGACUCUGGACAACCUGGGCAAGGAGAUCACCCAGAACCCAGGCAACCGGACAACGUUUAUAUAUAACCUGGAGGAACCAGGGAUGAGUUAUAACAUGGAGUCUGUUUUAUAG